CAUAGCGCGCGAGCUAGCGGUCCGCCUGGAAAGGUCCCACAGGAAGCAUGAGUUUUGGUUGUUAGCUAUAGCACUAAUUUUGUAUUCAUUUUUUCCCCAUCCCAGCUUAAAUAAUAUUGUUUCUCCAUAAGGAACAUGGCGUAUCCGAAUUGUUCUCUGAAAGUGAACAGAGAUCUACUGGAUCCCAGCUUUGAAAGUUACAGACUCUCCCUGGACUCAGUCCCAUGCUAUAAUGUAGAACUGGAUGCAGUCGUGGCUGAGGUGAAACUGAAAGACAGUCAGUACACUCUGGACCACAUGAAAGCAUUUGGAAUGUACAAUUACCUCCACGCUGACCCCUGGUAUGAAGAUAGUGUUUACUUUUUUGACUGCAAGGGAAGAGUGCUCAAUUUGAAGGUCACAUUGGACACAGCACUGGGGAAACCUCGAGAGGUGUUUCAGAUGACCUCUGACCCCAGCUCAUUUGACGGCGAAAGGCUUUGCGCUUCUCUGAAUCUGACCUCUGCUACCUGGGCCGCUCUCUCGGAUGGGGCCGGAACUCUGACCCUGUUACACACCAGCAACAGAGGAGAGAGCUCUCACCUAAAGUGGGAACCCAUGUUCAGCGAGUCUCUCGGGGAGCCUUUCAUUAUCCUGAACAGCGUUUCCCACAUCCCGGCAGGGGUUCAUUCAAUCGAGCUUCUGCUGCUACGUAUCCAAAAAGAUCCAGAUGACGCCAAAGGCAGCGGCUUUUCCACCACGCUGGAGUGGGUUACUGUCGAGAACUCUGUUGGUCAAGAAAAAAGGUAUGAAGUGCGGAAAAGGAGAUUGAUGAAGGGCAAGUCAGUGCCUCACUAUGCUGCUGUGGAGCCUCAAGGGAAAGGGGUGAUGGUGGCAUCAGAAAAACCCUUCACCUUUAUACAGGUGGAUGGCGUUCCUCUGGAGGACAAACCACCUGAAAACAUGGAUGUGGGAAACGCUGAGCCCAUCUACUUUUGGCAGCAGACGGAAGAAGACAUCACCGUGUGCAUCCGUUUACCCGAGGGUACGACGAAAGAUGACAUAUGCUUCAAGCUGUCAGUGGACAGUAUCUGUGUGGGUGUGAGAGACUAUAGACCUUUGUUGCAAGGUCAGCUUUUUGCUCCUGUGGACCCUGAGGCCAGUGUCUGGACCACUGAAGAUGAUAAGAGCUUGGAGGUAAAUCUGCAGAAGCGCAGUGAAGGGCCGCUCUGGUCUGAGCUAGUUCUGGGUGAUAAGAGAGGACAGUACAUCGUGGAUGAGGAACAGGCUGCACAGCUCCAUCAGAGACUGGCUUACCUCACUGCUGAAGAACUGAAUGCUAACCCGGAGAAAGAUAAUCCUCCAUGUAAUGCUCAGGAACUGGAGGACUGUGAUGGCUUCCCAGACGAUAGUUCGACACUAAUGCGGUUUGAUGGUGCCACCUUGAAUCCCACCCAUGUGGUAAACCUUGGUAGCCACCAGUACCUUUUCACCGUAGACAUAAAUCCAUCUGAAAUGCCGGCUUUCUGUCUGCGGCACGAUGUUGACGCCUUGCUGUGGCAGCCACGUCCUGAGCAGCCAGAUGCCUUGUGGGAGCACAUCGCCACCUUCAACGCACUGGGUUAUGUGCAAGCUUCAAAGAGGGAUAAAAAGUUCGCGACAUGCGCCCCCAAUUUCUCGUAUGCGGCUCUUGCUGAGUGUCUAAGGCGAGUUUUCAUCUACCGGCAGCCAUCAGCUGUGGACACGGUGCUUUUCAAUCGCAAACAAGGCCGCCAGAUUGGCCAGAUUGCCAAGCAACAGGUAGCCAGUCUGGAGUCUAACGAUCCUGUUCUGGGCUUCAGGGCUACUAAUGAGAGACUGUUCAUUUUAACAUCCAAAAAUAUGUUCAUCCUCAAGGUGAAUAACUAAAGAAAUGGGUCUAUGAGAUGUUUGAAUGAAUCGAGUGUACCCGUUUUCCACUUAACCUCAAUAAGCGAAUGGUGUCUAAAUGUUGCGUUUGCACUGGAGCUACUUGUAAGGUAAUGUAAUAGCCACUUGUGAACUAUAAUUAUCAUCAUGCAAAUGUUUAAGUACAUCAAAUAUAAACUGUUCUUUCUGCACGGAUCCAACUUCAGUAAUUCAAUGUUUAACCUCACUUAAAUGGGUUUGAUGAUUUAUUUGCUAUAAAAGAAAAUGAUUUCUCACGUUCAAAAUGGCUAUUUUGUAUUUUGUUCAACAGUGUGAUAUACCUUUAUUCAUUUGUACAUAACACAAUAUCAGACUCGUGCAGUGUCCAGAAGCACAGAUGGGUGUAGGCCAACUGGUGGGCUGUGGUGCAAGGUAUUUCAAUGGAUCAAAAUAUACUGUGGAAGGAAUGAUCUAUGUAUGAAAAAACUAUCUGUUGCUCAGCAACUACAUGAGCCUUCAUGGAUUGUGUUGUGGCUUGUUGCAAAAAAUUAUGUGCAUUUAUUUAGUUUAUUAACCUGUAGGCAAGGCAAAUCUGUGAAAAUGUGUUUUUAUUUUCCAUAGAUUUAUUUCUUUUUUUUUUUCCAUUUCAUUACCCUCUGAAUGUUUAAAGAUGACUGGACAGAGAAGUAUGUUUUUAGAAGUGUAUGUUAUUUGCUGUGUAUCUCAUCUGUUCAAAGUCUGGGGCGCUAUAGUCAGAAAUGCUCACAUAGAAAGUGAGCAUUUCUUUUUUAGAAAGUGAGCAUAACAUUUGGUCAUGUUAUUUACUGAUCCGGACUUUUGUGCGCAAUGAAUUUUACCCUUGAUCGACAGAGUUUCAGGGAACUGUGUUUCUAUUGGCAUGUAGGUUGCAUAACUGUUGCUAAUUGGUGGUAAUAUUUUAUUUAUAGUAUAAUUCUUGUUAGUGACAUUACCCUCGUAACUCCAGUGCAAAUCUUAGGCACCAUAUAUUAGCUGAUUAGCAGAAUUGACAUAAGUGGAAAACUUGAUAUCUACCCAAGCCAUUCCUUUAAACCUGUUUUAAUCAGGAUGUGUUUCAGUCGACUGUCAUUUAUCAAAUUUCAUGUACAACUCAAGGAUUGCUCAGUUUAAAUGAUAUAUUUGUCAUUUUGUUAAAACAAAAAUUGCACCUACAGCAAUAAAAAGAAAGACAUGAGUAUCACCUUCUAAAA